AUUUUUUAGUAUAAGAAUUGAAAGGAAAUUGGUGGGAAGACGAUUGAGGAGCCGCGAGAGAGAGAGAGAUAUGCCGGUGGCAAGACCUGAGUUAUCGGAUUGUAGAGUUAUUGCUCACGUCGAUAUGGAUUGCUUCUACGUUCAAGGAUUUGUUGUACAAUGAAUGAAGUGCCUUUCAAUUGUAAGAGUUUUCAUUCAUGGGUUCUUGACCAUUGUAGUAGUGGAGCAGCGGAAGCAACCAAGUCUAAGAGGUCAACCCACUGCUGUUGUACAGUACAAUUCUUGGCAAGGUGGGGGACUGAUCGCUGUCAGUUAUGAGGCUCGUAAGUUUGGGGUGAAGCGCUCAAUGCGAGGUGAUGAAGCAAAGCAAGUUUGUCCGGAGAUUCAUCUUGUUCAAGUCCCAGUUGCCCGUGGUAAAGCUGAUCUUAAUGCCUACAGGAAUGCAGGCUCAGAGGUUGUCUCUAUACUUUCUAGAAGAGGCCGAUGUGAGCGUGCUUCAAUUGAUGAAGUGUAUUUGGAUCUCACUAUAGCUGCUGAAGCAAUGCUGGCAGAUAAUCCUUCUGAGUGCCUGGAAACUAUCAGUGAAGAAGUAGUACAAUCACAUGUUUUGGGUCUUGAGGAAGUUGGUAGCGAUGCCAGAGAGAAUGUCAGACAUUGGUUCACUAGAAGUGAUGCUAGUCGUCGUGAUAAGUUGUUAGCCUGUGGAGCCUUUAUUGUUGCAGAACUUCGGCUGCAAGUACUAGAAGAGACUGAGUUCACUUGUUCUGCAGGCAUUGCUCAUAAUAAGAUGCUGGCCAAACUUGCAAGUGGAAUGAAUAAACCUGCUCAGCAAACUGUGGUGCCUUUCUCAUCCGUCAGCAAAUUACUUAGAACUUUGCCUAUAAAAAAAAUGAAACAGCUUGGAGGAAAACUUGGAACUUCUUUGCAAAUUGACUUGGGUGUGAACACUGUUGGGGAUAUGCUCCAGUUUUCAGAAGAAAAGCUACAAGGAUAUUAUGGAGUAAAUACUGGUUCCUGGUUAUGGAAUACAGCAAGGGGCAUUAAUGGAGAAGAGGUCAAGGGACGCCUUCUUCCCAACAGUCAUGGAUCAGGAAAGACAUUUCCUGGACCUCGAGCUCUUAAAACUGUUGCUUCUGUUGGAAAGUGGCUUAAUGAGCUCUGCGACGAACUUAGUGAACGUCUUCAGUCUGAUUUAGAACAGAAUAAGCGCAUUGCACAUACUCUUACUCUACAUGCUCACGCAUACAAGGUUGGCUUUUCUUGUCAGUCAAAUGAUGGAGAUUCGUUCAGGAAAUUUCCAUCAAAAUCGUGUCCAUUGAGGUAUGGGACUUCCAAGAUUAAGGAAGAUGCCCUUAGCCUGUUUCAAGCAGGAUUGCGUGAAUAUCUUGGCCUGUUCAAUGUGAAGAUUUCCGGAAAUCAAAACAAUGGGUGGGGUAUAACUGGUCUUUCUGUUACAGCCAGUAAAAUUGUAGCUAUACCAUCAGGUACACGUUCUAUUUUGAAUUAUUUUCAUAACCAAGAGGAAGCUUUCCCUCAAGUUAAACUGUCCAGCGAACAACUUAUCCAAGAUGCUCCACUUUUGUCACCUUCAGAAGAGGACAGUCUUGAAAGUGGAGGUCAUCUGACACUGCAGACAAUAGAGCCAUGGAUAGCAUGUCGUGAGGAAAAUGAAGAGACUAAAUAUUCCAUGUCACUAGACAGACAGGAAGAGGACAAGAACACGUGCAAAGAAAAGAAAAUCCAGGUGAUGGAAGUGGGGAUCCUUACUUGCAGAUAUCAUGCUAGGCUUUGCUACAUACAACUGCCUGAUAAAGAGACUUCAAUCUGUUCUUCACCAGAUGCUGAAGUGUACCGGGGAUGGGAGAAAGAUCAGAAUGAAUCAAGCAGGGACUACCUUACUGUAAAGAUUAGAGAUAGUUUAGAGUCAGAGGAUGGGAAGAGGAAAUCAAAUAAAGAAAAGGGGAUGUCAACAAUCUCGCGAUAUUUUCAAAGUCAACUCUCUGGCUCUCUCUUAAAGGCAGAACAUGCCAAUACUAGUAGGCUAAGCGAAUCCUCCUCCUUGUCAGACCGUCAAAGUGAACUUCCUCAAGAAAAUUCACCUGCAAGAGGUGAAUCUAGUGUUGAUACUCAUCUUUGUAGCCAGAUUAAACUGAAAAGGCCAUCAUGGAGUUACGACAUUGAUAAGAUUGACCAGGAUGUCUUGAAUGAGUUACCAAAACAAAUUCAAGAAGAGGUACAAGCAUGGCUCAGGCCUCAGAAGCGACCUAAUACAGUGAAAAAGGAUUUGGGUAUUACUCGUUAUUUCUUACCUGCAAAAGAUAAAUAGAUGCCAACAAACCUUUUAUCGAAAGAGAUGGAUGAUGUCAGAGGCCUAGAUUGAGUUGAAUCCUAUUGAAUUAGGAGGCCAUGUUAAUAAGUUGGUUAGUUGUUACAUUAAGUCUUGAUGUAUAAUAUCAUGUUGGAAAUACGCUGAUGGUUGUUGGGAUUGCCUAGCACAGAAGACACUGUUUCUAUGAGACCGGCAUGAAGAAAGUUACUGUCAAUGUCGUCGUGUCUAAAGUUAAUUAGAUUUCAUAGCAUAAUAUUUGUGUAUGUAUUAGGUUAGCAUUAAUUAUGUUUUGCCUUGGGAUGUGCAUGUAUAUUCUUGAAAAUGAAGUGUUAAUGUAAAUAUGAUUAUGUCAAUUACCUCAUUGAUGUAUUAUUAUCUUGUACUUUGGGAAA